GAUACGUAAACUAGCUCUGAUAAAACUGUCACUACCAAUUCCAAUCGAUCAAGUCGUAGGACUUUCGAAAGAAACAAAGCUUCGAUCCAAUGGUUGACUCACCGUUCAAGGCAGAUAUAUUGAGAGGAAAGGUUGCUUUGUUGACCGGAGGUGGAUCGGGAAUCGGGUAUGAGAUAUCCCUUCAACUGGGUAAACAUGGAUGUUCUGUUGCUGUCAUGGGUCGACGCAAACAUGUUCUUGAUUCUGCUGUUGCAUCUCUCCACUCUCUUGGAAUUCCUGCUAUAGGACUUGAGGGAGAUGUUCGCAAGAGAGAUGAUGCAGUUAAAGUUCUGGAAUCCACUAUUAGACAUUUUGGCAGGCUUGACAUUCUUGUGAAUGCUGCUGCUGGCAAUUUUCUAGUUACACCGGAGGAUUUAUCCCCUAAUGGCUUUCGAACAGUAAUGGAUAUAGAUGCUGUUGGCACUUUUACAAUGAGUCAUGAAGCACUCAAGUACCUUAAGCAGGGAGGCCAAGGGAAGGAUUCAUCUACUGGUGGAUCAAUAAUAAAUAUAAGUGCAACUUUGCAUUAUACUGCUACUUGGUAUCAAAUCCAUGUAUCUGCUGCAAAGGCAGCAGUAGAUAGCAUUACACGAAGCUUGGCAUUGGAAUGGGGGACAGAUUACGAUGUUAGAGUGAAUGGAAUUGCACCAGGACCUAUUAGAGAUACUACUGGUCUUAGUAAACUUGCACCUGAGGAGAUUUUGAGAGUAGCCAAGGAGAAGAUGCCUUUAGAUAACUUGGGGGAGAAAUGGGAUAUUGCUAUGGCUGCUUUAUAUCUGACAUCGGAUGCAGGAAAAUAUGUUAAUGGAACAACUUUGGUGGUUGAUGGAGGGGAUUGGCUGAGAAAACCUCGUUAUAUGCCAAAAGAUGCAGUAAAGCAACAGUCGCGAACGGUGGAGAAGAGGUCUAGAAGUUCACCAGUUGGGGUUCCAAAGAGCAAGUUAUGACAACAGAUAUAUUCCACCAGCCAUUAACCAUUCUUGCAGACUCUAGAUGUAUUGUUAAUGAACCAAUUGGAAUUUAUAUGAACUCAUUUCAAUAAAAUAAAACAAAAACUUAUAGUACCUAAAA